AUGGAAUCAUAUGAAUUUGAAGUACAUAUCCAUCUCAUACUUACAUCUAUCACUCAUUCUUUUCAUGUCUACCUAUUUAUCUAUCACUUGUUCUUUUCAUAUCUAUCUGUUAUUCUUUUCAUAUGUAUCACUUAUUCUUUUUAUAUCUAUCACUUAUUCUUUUUAUAUCUAUCUAUCACUUUUUAUAUCUAUCACUUAUUCUUUUUAUAUCUAUCUAUCACUUAUUCUUUUUAUAUCUAUCUAUCUAUCACUUUUUAUAUCUAUCACUUAUUCUUUUUAUAUCUAUCACUUAUUCUUUUUAUAUCUAUCACUUGUUCUUUUCAUGUCUAUGUUAUUCUUUUCAUAUUUAUCACUUAUUCUUUUCAUAUCUAUCUAUCACUUAUUCUUUUUAUAUCUAUCUAUCACUUAUUCUUUUUAUAUCUAUCUAUCACUUAUUCUUUUCAUAUCUAUCUAUCUAUCACUUAUUCUUUUUAUAUCUAUCUAUCUAUCACUUAUUCUUUUCAUAUCUAUCUAUCUAUCACUUAUUCUUUUUAUAUCUAUCUAUCACUUGUUCUUUUUAUAUCUAGCUAUCUAUCACAUAUUCUUUUUAUAUCUAUCACUUAUUCUUUUCAUAUCUAUCUAUCUAUUGUUUAUUCUUUUCAUAGCUAUCACUUAUUUUUUUCAUAUCCAUCACAUAUUCUUUUCCUAUCUAUCACUUAUUCUAUUUAUAUCUAUCUCUUAUUCUUUUUAUAUCUAUCACUUAUUCUUUUUAUAUCUAUCACUUAUUCUUUUUAUAUCUAUCUAGCUAUCUAUCUAUCACUUAUUCUUUUUAUAUCUAUCACUUAUUUUUUUUUAUAUCUAUCACUUAUUUUCAUAUCUAUCACUUAUUUUCAUAUCUAUCUUAUUGCUUAUUCUUUUCAUAGCUAUGACUUAUUUUUCAUAUCCAUCACAUAUUCUUUUCCUAUCUAUCUAUCUAUCUAUCACUUAUUCUUUUCGUAUCUACCUACCUACCUCAUCUCCUCAUCAAGAGAGUUACAUGAUUGGCAACAGUCGACAAAAUACAUUGAUGGAGCCAUGGGAGAAAAGUUCUAUUAA